GAAGGCGACAAGAUCAAUGUCAAGGUGGCCAAUGUGGAUGUGGUGAAGGAGCAGAUCGCAGUCACCACACGACAACUGGCGUCCCAGGCUAAGGUCGGCGAGAAGGUGGAGGGCACGAUGAUGAGCGAGUCGAAGGCCGGCAUCUUCUUCGAUGCCGGCUACUCCAGGGACUUUCUUGCCCCAAACAACCUGCUCAGCAAGCCGAAGGACGAAUACACCCGUGGCGAGGUUGCUGAUCUCACUGUAAUGCAAGUCGAUGGAGACCGCGUCACGGUUUCGGACAAGGAGGAUGUGGGCAAGCCAAUCGCAACCUUCGUUCGCGGUCAAGAGGUUGCUGGAAAGGUCGUCCGCUACAUGGAUAGCGUGGGCAUCUUCAUGGACAUUGGAGCUUCCCGGGAUGCGCUUUGGCGCACGAAGGGGCCAGGCGCCACAGUGCUGCCCAAGGAUCCUAAGGAGUAUGCGGCUGGUGAAGAGGUGUCCGGCCUGAUCAUCACCCGCCUGGAUGCCGCAGCGCAGACCCUGGAGGUUGCGAUGCCCGGCGCAGAGAUGGUCGAGACAAGCCUGUCGAUGGAGACCUUGAAGGUCGGCGAGGAAGUCUCAGGCACCGUCACGAAGACCAUCGCCUUCGGUGUCUUCGUCGACAUCGGUGCCGAGAGGGAUGCGCUAUAUGCCAUCUCGCAGCUGGAGAAGCCUCUUUCCGAGUACCAGCCCGGAGACAAGCUGGAAGGCCUGCGUGUGACGGAGGUGGACGCUCAACGUCAGCGCCUGGGCGUCUCUGCACGCCCUGUUGCUGGAGAAUACGACGUGGGCCAGGAGGUUACUGGCAAGGUCACGAAGAUCAUGGAGUUCGGCCUCUUCGUCGACAUUGGUGCGUCCGUGGACGCUCUGGCUCCAACCGCUCUUCUCUCCAAAGACACGGGUGAGUAUACAGAGGGUGAGGUGCUCGAAGAUCUGAAGGUUACCCGAGUGGAUAUCCCUGGGAACAAGAUUGCAGUUGGGCAGCAAGCAGGUGCUGGUUCUUCGGAAGCAACGACCAGCAUUGACAAACUCGAGGUCGGCUCCAAGGUGAGUGGCGUCGUUCGCGGCAUUCGGGAGUAUGGUAUCUUCGUGGACAUCGGCCUGGGGAGAACGGAUGCCCUCAUGCCAAACUCCAUGUUGGGUGAUGUUACCUCGGCAGCCUUCAAGCCCAACCAGAAGAUCGAGGUCUACAUUGCGCAAAUCGAUGCUGCACAGAACCGCGUUACCGUGA